CUUGUCACUUCAACUUCACUCUCAACCGCGAUGUCGGAAUACUGGGUGUCGCAUAAACGUUACCACUGCAAAUACUGCAACAUUUAUAUAGCAGACGAUGUCCCAUCUAGGCAGCACCACGAGAAUGGAAUGCGCCAUAAAGGCAAUGUCGAACGCUUUGUGCGCGGGCUCUACAAGGCCGGCGAGAAAGCCGUGAAGGAUAGGGACGAGGAGAAGCGUGAGAUGGAAAGGAUUAGCAAAGCUGCAGCCGCGGCAUAUGCCCAAGACGUAGGUGCUGGACUUGGGGGAGUCGGAUCAUCUUCACGUGAUGCUCCCGCUGCAGCACCUGCGCCGAAGAAGCCUCCAACGAAACCAAGCAAUCCGUAUGCUAACUACUCAACAGCUGCAUCGUUGGGAUAUGCUGAUCCUGAUGCGGAGCGAGCUAAGGCAGAAGCAGAUAUAAGGCAAACGAUGGGUGUCGCAGGAGAGUGGCAGUUCGUUCAGAAUUAUACAUCGGCGUCUUCUGCACCGGUACGGAGUGAGGUUCCAAGCGUGUCAGAAGAUGCAAACGGAGAGACGGCAGGGUCUUCUGAGGGUGACAGGAAACGUGAAGCACCGGUGGACGAUAUCGAGGACGAGCGUGUUUUCAAGCUGAGGAAGAAGACGGUCGACAUUGGAUUGGGAGAAUUAUACGACCCGGGACUCAUACCUAUCAAGUUGAAAGUGAAGAAAGAGGAGUCGACGGAACCGCAACCUGCUUCAUCGAAGACUGCUGUUGACGAUACGAAAGCGGACGCUCAGGACGCGCUACCUGCCGAUGCGAAGGUGAAGAUAGCAUGGAAACGCGCAGCGUUUCAACCGGCAGCUGACGAACCUGCCUCUGACGACGUGAAGGCACACUCUAGUGGAGAAGGUGUUCCAGAGGUGAAACUCGAGGAGUUUGGAGCUGCUAAAGAAGAGGUCCUUCCUGCCAAAAUCGAAUCAGAGCCUCAAAUACCACCAGAACCUGUAAAAAAGGAGGAAGUGGUUUCCCCUUCUCUAGAGGUUCCUGCGCCCACAAGCCUCUUUCGCAAACGCAAGCUACCCACGAGACGUUAGUUGUUGAUUUUAGAGGACUAGUCCGUGUCGGAUUUCGUCUUCAAGGUCUGUAAUGUAGUUUCACUUUGUAUGUAUUUUAACUCUUUAUAAAUAUAGAAAGGAAACCGACACC